AUGUCCGUCGUAACAGAGAGAUGGGAUAUUUGCUAUUACGCAGAUUUUGCACAUCUGAUCUCUGGUAUCAUUUUGUGUGGAGUGUCUUUAUUAACAUUAACUGCAAUAAGCGUGGAAAGACUCCUGGCCCUGUUGUUGGGCUUUAGAUACAAACAUAUUGUAACAAUGAGAAAAGCUUAUGUAAGUGUAAUUGUAAUGUGGAUUCUCUCCGCUUCCAUUGGCGCAGCAAACUACUCUUUUCAUUCCCUUAUAUUCGGCUGGUCUACGUUUAUAAUUAUUUCUCUAUGUGUAGUCAUCUCAAGUCUGUGUUAUGCCAAAAUUUUCUUUACAUUACGAGGAAGGCAAUUUCAUGUUCAAGACGGUGCUUUUCAAAGAAAACUGAACCAGAAAGUUCUACUGAAUAUAGCUCGAUACAGAAAGGCAGUCUACACUGCACUGUGGGUGCUGGUAACAUUGCUUGUUUGUUAUCUGCCGUUUUGUAUGGCUAUGGUCUUAGGGUCUGAAUCACCUGCAAAAAGUGAGAUACCUUUCUCAGUUUAUUACCUCGCAGAAAAUAUUACAUUCUCUCUUCUUUUAGCAAACUCAUCAUUAAACCCCUUUCUUUAUUGUUGGAGGAUCAGAGAGGUAAGGAAAGCAGUUAAAAAGACAAUCAGACACUUUUUCUGUUCAUCGAAUUAGGUUUUUUGUUGUAUUAUUAAUUUCCAUUUGGUUGUAUAAGUAAUUCAUGUCGUUUAUUAGUCGCCAGUCAAAGGCUUAAGUAUAUUGAAGAAUGAAUCAAGAUAAUUCGAUCUCUGAGCCGAAAAUUGCGUAAAACGUUAUUUAACAACUAAUAAACAUAACAAAUUUGGUAAAACAUGCUUCUUCGUCGAGUCAGUCAAAUAUUAUCUUUAAUCUUGUUGUGCUCUUACUAAGUCGGUUAAUAAGGCUUACCAAAUAUAAAAACUAGAUGAAGACUCGAUUGCCUUAUUUUCGUAAAACUUGUGUCACCCCUGGCUAGCAUACCACAAAUCUUUGUCCUUUAAAUACGUACUAAGUCGUCUUUGCAACCACACAAGCUAAAUUCAUCUCGCAAAGAGAAUUACUUGUUAAGCACGAUUUGUUGAUUUCAAUCAUUUUCCUAAAAUAGGCCAUGAAAUGAGGUAUAGAUGUCAAAAACAUGUCAUAAAGAAUUUAAAUGUCAAAUUAUGGUUAGCACAGUCUUGUUGGUAAAGUCGAGUCAGCUUACUGAUAGCAAAAACAAAAACAAAACUCACAUAUUUAAAAAUAAUGUGGAAUUUGCUAAAUUUUUUCUUUCAAUUCGGUUCACGUUCAGCAGGUGUUCAAAGCACAUCGAUUAAACUUGACCUGCAUUUUAACAAAGUAAACACUCAGCUUCAUACAGCGUACCGACAAAAAUUACAAAGAAACUAACUGCAAGACAAAUGAGAUUUUAUGGAAAGAUUUCAUCGUCUCUUGAAGGUCUUUUGUACGGUACAUGUACAUCGAUUGAUUAGUACUCAGCGAAUAUUAUCAUGUUAAUUUAAUAUUGUGUGGGGGAAGGGAAGAAUAGCACGUCAAACCGUUGCCAUAGCUCUUUGAUGAGUGCUCAAAUCAUGUGUCAUUACGAUGAUCCUAACCAUCGGGUCCUGUCCUAGCCAAUUAUACUUCGAAAGGAAAUUGUUACGUAUGAUACGGUGAAGAACCAUUUAACACUUGUUUGCUUCUAACCUUGCUCGUUUAUUCUUAAGAAAUUCACCCAUGGUCAUGAUCAGUAAUUCAAAGUUUACUGCCCUCAAUCACGUUAUCACUUGCAUUAAGCAACGAAAUUUGUAAACAUAUUUUAUAAGCCCUAUAACGGUAUUAAGUGCGUGAUGACUAAUCGUGGUAAGAUGGUGGAAUAACUGUCAGUACAGUAUAAUUCGCUUGUACAAUAACUAGUGUAAGAGAGAAUAUAAGAGAAAAGGUAGAAAUCGUGUCAGGCUAGCAAGGGUCACACUAUUCUUGGGAUUUGAUCGCAGGCUGGGCCAAGAGAGGCAAUCCCAAAUACUUACCCCGGCUAAGAUGUUCAAAUUCAUUUAGUGGCACCUUGAAAGAAUUCUAAAACAACAGUCUCAAGUUUUUUUUUUCGAAAGCCAGUGUAAUGAAGCUUUGAGUUUUCUUUAAACUGACGUGAAUUCUCAGAUAUCUUAUUAUGAUUUGCCAUAACGCAGCAUAAACUUAUAAAAAUACCUUGAUAAGGACCAUAUUCAGCUGCUGUGAAUUUUAAUUAUACUAGAAAAGACCAGAAGGAGAAGUCUGUUAUAACCCUACCUUGCAAUAUCUUUAACGAAAGUUGAACUCUCGCUUGGGAAAAGAUAAUUAUGGUGAAUUGAAAUAUUAUAGUUAGAGCAAAAGGAUCCAAAAGCAUAUCACUAUUGUACCACUGAAUAUUUACCUAUUAUCAAAAGAGAUGGGAGCCGUAAACCUCUCAUUCGAUUCAACUUCAAUGCCAAGUUCCAUGAAGAAGGCAGUAUUGUCUCCUCUGCUGAAGAAACAGUCUCUGGACUUUGAAACCUUUUCUAACUUUAGACCUGUCUCAGGUUAUUGAAAACGUUGCAGCCCGAUAGGCGUCUGUCGAAUUAUUAUUUGUGUGAUAACGAUCAGAUCCUCAGUCUACUUACAAGAAACAGCACAGUUGUGAGACGCGCUUUUACGAGUCCAAAAUGAGAUACUAAAAUCAGUACGUUGAUAAUACACAAUGUCGUUCUUUUGCUGCUUGAUUUAUCAGCAGCUUUCCGGACACACCGUCGAUCAUAAGAUCUUGAUACAUAGGCUGCGAUCUAAGUUUGAUAUAAAAGGAAAGGCGCUUGCGUGGCUUCAGUCUUAUCUUACAGAUCGUUCUCAGUUAGUUCAGAUUGAUGGGUCUACUUCUUCAGUUCACCCGCUCAGAUUUGGUGUACCCCAGGGGUCCGUGUUGGUUCCAUUGCUAUAUCUCUUAUACAUGGCCCCACUGGGUGGUGACCUAAGACGAUGGCAUGAUAUGAAGUUUCAUCUAUAUGCUGAUAAUAAUCAAACUGAAAAACCACCUUUAGUUGUAAUGAUGGCCUAGAACUUACCACUGCAAUUUCCCGGAUUAAGAGCUGUCUUACUGAUAUCACUAACUUAACUGGAUGACUAUACAAACAAACUGAAACUAAAUACAGUAAAUACUGAUAAAACGGAACUUCUCAUCCUUCAUUCUUGGUUCAUAACUUGACAUCAUAAAGCGCUUCCAACUAGAAAGUUACCAGUCGCACUUAUAAACAUUUUGAUUGACAUACUGAUACUGAUAAAAUGUAAGCCGCACGAUGAUCCACAAACUAAAGAAGUUAAGUGAAAUAUGACAAUAUACAGCUCCCUUGAAAAAACGCGUAUUUUUAAAAUUAGGUAACACAUUCCUGAAAACUAGAAAAAAAUAAGAGACUGCACUGUUCCGAAGAAUUCAAGUGCCAAAUUUCACGAUAGGAUGAUUAAGAGUUUGGACGGCGAAUAAUUUUUUUUUACUUACAUCAACAUACGUAAUACUAAUUUACAAUAUCAUUACUUAUAAUUUACAUUAUUAGCUUAAUUAUUAGUUAAUUACAUGUGAGAAGACUAAAAGAGAUAAUGAUUACUUCAAGUUAAUCUUUCUAUUUCCGUUGUGUUUUUAGAUUAUUUAUAAAUUGCGUACAGUUAAGUGGUAUCACAUUAAUUUUACAACUUAAUAUACAUACAUUUUAAUAAACAGGAUAAGUAGUUCUAGUCGGCGUUUGAGGUAUCAUUUAUAGGACCAGAGAUAUAUUUCUGCAUCAGAAUUUGCUCAGGGGAAAGAUUUCUGAGAGUAUUAUGGGGCACAUUAAACCAUGAUAAGAUUUCAUGAUAAAAUUUAAGAUUUACAGGGCAUUGCAAGAAGGUAUGCUCCAGUCACAUCAGGGUUCUUACACUGAUCACAAAGAUCAUCAUUUCUGAUUUUGUAUUUCUUGAGAAACAGAAAUGUAGUUUUUUUUAACGAGUACUACAAAAAAACCGGUUAAAAAUUUUCAUAUGUAAAUCACCAAUUGAUGUUGUCCACCCCGCUAACAACAACUAAAGUAACCUGGUCUCAACAAUAGAAAACGACGGAAUAGUAAACUACGGAGACGUUGCCCGCAAACUUUAAUUUUUUGUCCUACAAAACAUUUUCUCGUUAUAGAUUAAAGUUAACGUGUCCUUUAGUUUUCAUGUGUUAAAUACUUAAUACGUAUUGAAUGGUGUCAAUUUUGACGGACAUGAAGUUGACAAUUAAUGAUGCUUUAAAAUUUGCAUGCAGAUCUCUUUCUUAUACGCCUUUGGUAGGAACCGUAACAAGUCGUUUUCUAAAGUAACCAUAAGAUGUUUUCUAUAAAAAAGUUACUUAGAGCUUAAUUUGUGAUAAAACUUCUCGAUUUUUUCUGCGUAUAGAAUGAUCUACAUUUCUCGGGAAGGCGGUGGCCCGGUCCCUAGCCGGAGUGAAUCUAAAGGGGAAAAAAAGAUUCGGCAAAUCUCCUUGUCAGUUAAGGAACCCCUAAAGGUCGUUUUUUCCUACGGCUAUAAUUAAAGUUACGAAAAUGGGGCGUAAAAUUGCAAGAAAACUACCUGGAUUGAGAAUUUCUUCAAGCGCACUUUUGAUAAAACGAUGACAAAGUAGCAAACGAAAAGUGUAUUAUGGAAUUGUUUUUUUAAAAAAUAACGAUAAAUGUUGCUGAUUUAACGCUAUUCAGACUGGGCUUUUUUUUUUUGGCUUCAUGCGCUUCUUGUGAGGAUGGCCACAGGACCAUUAGAUAUUUGCUUUCACAUUCCAUGGCCGAAAAAACAAUUACAGCUCUAGAAUAUUAACAAUAUCAUCCAUAUAGUGACAUCCAGUUUUUGAUAAUAAGAACCAUAUGUCGUUUUCUCAAGAAGAGAACUAAGAAUUAAUUAACGUUGAAUUAAUUGACGUUAAUUUACAACAAGUAUCUUGUAACUAUGAACGAAGGAAUUUAAUUUGAAAUUAUCGGAAACAUUUGUCCCCUGUCUGCAGUAAGCAGUCAAAAUGUACUAGAGAUUACAAAACGUAUAGUGAAAACGUUACUCAUAAAUAUAUGAAUUGGUAAUUGCGUUGAGUUUAUUGUGGAUAAUCAAUAUCCCCCGUAAUAAUUUAAAUACAUUUGGAUAGGCCGGUUGUGCCGGAGAAGAAAUUUAAUAUGUUUAUGAGCACUUAACACUUUGUUUUCAAGCUAGUAUUUUAGAUUUAAAGAUGGCAAUACAAAAAAAUUUUUCAGAAGAUGAAAGCCGUAAAACAUUUGCAGAACUGUAUUACUCAGCGGAGAUUACGGGGAAAAUGUACGGCGAACUUAUCUCUCUUUCAGUGCUGAAUAUUUUUUUGGCCAUUACAGCAUUUCUGGGGAACACUCUGAUCCUAGUUGCUCUUCACAAAGAAACUUCACUUCAUUCGCCGUCCAAACUCCUGUUUCGUAACUUAACGAUUACUGAUCUCUGCGUUGGAAUAAUUAUGGAACCUCUGUUUGUGGCUUAUUUGGUGUCUUUGGUAAAGCAAAGAUGGGAUAUUUGCUACGACCUAGACCAUGCGGGUUUAAUCAUUGGCGCCAUUUUGAGUUCAGUGUCUUUGUUCACAUUGACUGCAAUUAGCGUGGACAGACUUCUCGCCCUGUUGUUGGGCCUCAGAUACAGACAAGUUGCGACUUUGAGAAAAGCGUAUAUAAGUGUAAUUGUUAUGUGGAUUUUGUCCGUUCUUAUUGGCGUAGUAGUCUACUAUUUGGAUACUGCUAUACUCGACUGGUCGAGGUUUACAGCAAUAUCUCUAUGCGUAUGCACCUCAAGUCUCUGUUAUACUAAAAUCUUCUUUGCAUUACGACGAAGCCAAAUACACGUCCAAGGACAAGUAAAACGGGCAAAACCACUGUACCUGGCUCGAUACAGAAAGGCAGUGUACAGUGCACUGUGGGUACAGGUAACAUUGGUUGUUUGUUAUCUACCGUUUGGUAUAGCGAUAACUUUUUUACCUAAAGGUGGUGAGAUUUUUUUCUUGGUUUACCUCAUUACGCUCACUUUACUUCAAUUAAACUCGACACUAAACCCUUUCAUUUACUGCUGGAAGAUCACUGAAGUAAGGAAAGCUGUGAAAGACACAAUCAGAGAACUCUUCUGUUCAUAGAGUUAGUCAAUCAGUAUAUCAAUAUGCUUAAUUUCAAUUUGUUUCUAAUUCAUCAGUCUGUUAGAGAAGCUUGGAUAUUACAUGGAUCCCCGCGCUGAAAAUUGUGUGUUAUAAAAACAACUGAAAAAAGAAACAGAAAGAAAAAGAAAUUUGGUAAAACAUUUUCGUUCAUCGCGUUCUUCGAUUAUUAUCUCCAUGUUCAACUUUCACUUUAGUUGAAUUCCCUGUCGAAGCUAUCCUCAGCCCAAAAACCAAAUAAACAAACCAUCUUUGAAUAACGGAAGAAUCUUGAUAGCAGCUGUAUUUCAUUUGUGGCGGCCGUAGAAGAAGAACACGAAUAUUUAAAAAUUUGAAAUGCUAAAAGAUUUUUCCUGUAGUCCUCCGUAAUAGCCUGCAUGAAGUGACAUAAACGCAGCCAUCGAUGAAUCCUUUUACGGCACUUUCCUCAGCGAAAAACCAGAUCAACAAUUCAGUUGAAAAAACAGAAGAUGAAACUUGAUAGUAGUUGUUUUCCAUUUUUGUGGCGGCAGUACAAUGACAGGAUAAUUUUAAAACUGAAAUGAAAAAAUGCUUCCCGGCAAGUUUCUAGAUGCCACAAAUUUCUAGAUGCCACAGUCUCAGAACACCUUCUUAGUAAUGAUCACUCAUUAAAUCUAAUAAAGACAGUGUACGAAAAGCUAGAGAAGCAUACCUCAUCGAAAGAGGUAAAACUCGUGAAUCUUCUGGUAUCAAUAAGAAAGAUGAAAUGUAAUACAACUUUAUUACUUUUGUUUGCUAUCAUUUAUUUCAUACUAUUUUUUCAUUUCUAAUUUCUUUCAUCUACUUCAACGGUUUUUGUUUUCCUUAACGUUCACUUUUUUCUUAUUUAAAUUUUCACACGUAAUUAUAGUAUCAUAUUGCAUGCCGUUCUUUAUUUCAAAUUGUGAAGUCUUAGGUUAACCCCAUUACUGUAUGUAACACCCUGAAGAAGGAAGGCCGUGCCUUCCGAAAUAUUGGUAAAAAUAUGCAUAUUCCCGACUGAAAAAUCAGCCUUGCUUCUUUUCUUUACGUGAAUAAGUUUUCAUGCAUAAAUUCACCUGUCAAAAUUGCGCCCAAGCGGAGUGCGUGUGUGUGUGUGUGUGUGCUAAGCCGAACACAGGAAACUUCAAUCAGAGUUUUUUUACUCCUACUAACAGAGUCUGUACGGGUGGGCCUUCUUACGCUGACGUCAUAACCAAAUUUUCUGUCAUCGAUAGGUUUCCAUUUUCUUUUGGGUAUGAGGCUCCACUGCGCGCGCGGACCCUCCUCCACUAAAAAUAUAAUUAUGACUGUAAUGGCACGGUACCUGUUGAUGGUCCUAAAUUUGACGAAUUAUAACAUUAUUAAUUUACAAUGGCGUAAUAAAAUUUGCUUAAUUACACUCUCUCAGUUCUUACAGCCUUUCCAUUAGCAGGGAUCGUAAUAAGUCGUUUGGCCGACGGCAAUGGCUAAUUACCUUUCACAAUUUAAGUGACCGUUAUUUCUAUGAAAGUUAAGGGCUUAUUUUGUGACAAAAUUGCUCGAUUUUUCGUCCUGAUAACUUUUUUCUUCAGCGGACCGAAACAAAAGAAAAAAAGGUACAUUUUGCUGAUUUAAUUUUGUAAGAAUGACGAAGAAGAUCAGAUAGUCACUUUUCGUAUUACGUAUACUAAGCCAUAAUAGCCUCAUGGGACCAAUCAAAUCUCUAGAUUAGUAAUGUAUUAGGUCUUCAAUAUUGACAUGCAGUUUGUGAUUAACUUCCCUGAGAAGAGAGCUAAAAAUUGAAACGUGCACCUACAUUGUUGGACAAUUUUAAAAUACAUUUUUGAAAGAACCUAUUUUUGUUGGUGAUGAAGCAUGUUAAGAACAUUUUAUGUCGAAAACGCAACUGCGCAAAGAUGAAUUAGUAAUUGAGUUAAUUUGAUAAUCAUAAUAUCAUAUCCUCGGUAAUUUAAAUAAACUUGGAUAGCCUGCGAGAAGAAAUAAGAUCAAUGUUUAGGGCCGGUUUGUGGUCCAAGUUCGCAUUUCAGAAAAAUGAAGCUAGCAGAAAACAAUUUUACCGGAGAGGAAAGUCAGAAAACAGUUGGAGAACAGUAUUGCUCAGAAGAACUUAAGGGGGGAAGACUCAGCGAAUUUAUAUUUGUUUAAGUGCUAAAUAUUUUUCUGUCCACUACUGCAUUUCUGGGAAACAUUCUGAUCCUGGUUGCUCUUCACAAGAGGACUUCACUUAAUAAGCCGUCUAAACUCCUGUUUCGUAACCUGGCGGUAACUGAUCUAUGUGUUGGUAUCAUUGCGGAGCCUCUGUUUGUUGCUUAUUUGAUGUCCGUCGUAACAGAGAGAUGGGAUAUUUGCUAUUACGCAGAUUCCGCAAAUCUGAUCUCUGGUAUCAUUUUGUGUGGAGUGUCUUUAUUAACAUUAACUGCAAUAAGCGUGGACAGACUCCUCGCCUUGUUGUUGGGCCUUAGAUACAAACAUAUUGUGACUACGAGAAAAGCGUAUAUAAGUGUAAUUAUAAUGUGGAUUCUCUCCGCUUUCAUUGGCGCAGCAAACUACUCUUUUCAUUUCCUUAUACUGGGCUGGUCUACUUUUAUAACUAUUUCUCUAUGUGUAGUCAUCUCCAGUCUGUGUUAUGCUAAAAUUUUCUUUACAUUACGAAAAAGGCAAUUUUGUGUUCAUAACGGCGCUUUUCAAGGAGAGCGGAGCCAGAAAAUUCCACUGAAUAUAGCUCGAUACAGAGAGGCAGUGUACAGUGCAGUCUGGGUGCAAGUAACAUUGGUUGUUUGUUAUCUGCCAUUUGGUAUGCUUAUGGCCUUAAUAAGGCCUGAGUCGCCUGACAAAAGUGAGAUAACUUCCUCAGUUUACCUCGCAGGGGAUAUUACACUCUCUUUUGUUUUAGCAAACUCGUCAUUAAACCCCUUUCUUUAUUGUUGGAGGAUCAGAGAGGUAAGGAAAGCAGUUAAAGAGACAAUCAGACACCUUUUAUGUUCAUCGAAUUAGCUUAUUAUUGUAUUAUUAAUUUCAAUUUGGUUGUAAUUCAUGUCAUUUAUUAGUCGGCGGUCAAAGGCUUAAGUCAUCGUAGAAUUAAGGUAAUUCGACCUUUGAGCCGAAAACUGCUUUUAAACGUUAUUUAAAAACUAGUAAAACAAUAACAAAUUUCGUAAAACAUGCUUCUUCAUCGAGUCAGUCAAAUAUUAUCUUCAAUGUUGUUGUGCUCUUACUAAGUAAGUUAAUAAGGCUUAACCAAAUAUAGAAACUAGAUGAAGACUCGAUGGCCUUAUUUUUGUAAUAACUGUGUCGUCCCAAAAUUCAACUCGCAAAGAGAACUACCUGUUAAGCACAUUUUCUUAAUUUCAAUCAUUUCCUAAAAUAGGCCAUAAAAUCAGGUGUAGAUGUCAAAAAUAUGUCAUAAACAAAAUUUAAAUGUUGCUUUCAGUGGCUGGAGGAGUCUUGUUGAAAAAGUCGUGUCAGCUUACUGAUAGCCGAAACAAAAACAUAAUGGACAUAUUUAAAAAUAAUAUGGAAUUUGUUGAAAUUUUUUCUUUCAGUGUACGAUUUUAUAAAUUAAUGAAAAUUCAGGUCACGUUUAGCAGGUGUUCAAAGAACUUCGAUUCAACUUGACCUCUAUUUUAACAAAAUAAACACUCAGCGUAGCGUACCAACAAAAACUACAGAGAAACUAACUGAAAGACAAAUUGCUUGACUAAGUAUCACUGACAUUUUAUGGAAAGAUUUCAUCGUCUCGAUCUUGAAGGUCUUUGUACGGUACAUGUAUAUCGAUUGAUUAAUACUCAGCGAAUAUUGUCAUGUUAAUUUAAUAUUGUGUGGGGGAAGGGAAGAAUAGCGCGUCAAACCGUUGCCAUAGCUCUUUGAUGAGUGCUUAAAUCAUGUGUCAUUACGAUGAUCCUAACCAUCGGCUCCCGUCCUAACCAAUUAUAUUUCGAAAGGAAAUUGUUACGUAUGAUACGGCGAAGAACCAUUUAACACUUGUUUGCUUCUAACCUUGCUCGUUUAUUCUUAAGAAAUUCACCCAUGGUCAUGAUCAGUAAUUCAAAAUUUACUGCCCUCAAUCACGUGAUCACUUGCACUAAACAACGAAAUUUUCAAGCAUAUUUUAUAGACCUAAUAACGGUAUUAAGUGCGUGAUGGGUAAUCGUGGCAAGAUGGUGGAAUAACUGUGAGUAAUUCGCUUGUACAAUAACUAGUCUAAGAGAGAUUCAGAAUAUAAGAGAAAAGGUAGCAAUCGCAUUAGGUCAGCAAGGGUCACUCUAUUCUUGGGAUUUGAUCGCAGGCUGGGCCAAUAAAGCCAAUUCCAAAUACUUACUAAGAUGUUCAGAUUCAUUUAGUAGCACCUUGAAAGGUUUCUAAAAAAACGGUCUUCAGUUUUUUUUCUUCGAAAGUGUAAAUAAUGAGGCUUAGAGUUUUCUUCAAACUGACAUGGAUUCUCAGAUAUCUUAUUAUAGUGAUUUCUAAUCAUGCACCAUAAACUUAUAAAAAUACCUUGAUAAGGACCAAAUUCAGCUGCUGUGAAUUUCACAUAAACUGGAAACGACUAGAGAAGUCUGUUAUAACCCUACCUCGCAAUAUCUUUAACGGAAGUUGAACGCUUGCUUGGGAAAAAAAUAAUGAUGGCGAAUUGAAAUAUUAUAGUUAGAGCCAAAGCACUGAAUUAUUACCUAACCUAUUAUCAAAAGAGCAGGGGGCUGUAAACCUCUCAUUCGAUUCAGCUUCAAUGCCAAGUUCCAUGAAGAAGGUAGUAUUAUCUCUGCUAAAGAAACAGUCUCUGGACUUUGAAAUCUUUUCUAACUUAGACCUGUAUGCUUGAAGUUUUUGUCUAAGGUUAUUGAAAAUGUUGCAGCCAUAGGCGUCUGUCGAAUUAUUAUUUGUGUGAUAAUAAACUUCAAUCUGCUUACAAGAAAGAGCAAAGUUGUGAGACAGCGCUUUUACGAGUUCAAAUCAGUUGAUAAUAAACAAUGUGUCGUUCUUUUACUGCUUGACUAUCGGCAGCUUUCCGGCGACACCGUCGAUCAUGAGAUCUUAUUACAUAGACUGGGAUCUAAGUUUGCGCUUGCGUGACUUCAGUCUUAUCUUACAGAUCCUUCUCAGUUAGUUCAGAUUGAUGGUUCUACUUCUUCAGAUCACCCGCUCAGAUGUGGUGUACCCCAGGAGUCCGUGUUGGGACCAUUGCUAUAUCUCUUAUACACGGCCUCACUGGGUGAUGACCUAAGACGAUGGCAUGAUAUGAAGUUUCAUCUAUAUGCUGAUAAUACUCAAACUGAAAAACCACCUUCAGUUGUAAUGAUGGCGUAGAACUUACCACUGCAAUUUCCCGGAUUAAAAGCUGUCUUGCUGUCUUGUAUAAGGGAGUACCCCCCGGGGCGGAAAACGCUUUGCAGAUUAUGAGUCGCGCUGCUUACGCAAGCAAGACUAAUUAGGUAUGGGGCUCCACUGUGCGGGCGCGGACGCUCCACAAAAAUAAAUAAAUAAAUAAAUAAAUAAAUAAAUAAAUAAAAAAAGAAAGAAAAUGAUAAUAAUAAUAAUAAUAAUAAUAAUAAUAAUAAUAAUGAAUAUGAUAAUGAUCACCACCUAUUGAUAGGUCCUGAAUUUGACGAAUAAUAAAACAAUGAGUUUCACAAUAGGUGUUUUAAAAUUUGCUUACAAUCUCUCAGUUCCUACAGCCUUUCCAUUAGCAGGGGUCCUUUGGCCGACGGCAAAAGUUAAUUACCGGGUACAAUUGAAGUUACCGUAAGGUUAUCUCUAUGAAACAUUAAGGGCUUAAUUUGUGACAAAAUUACUAGAUUUUUUCUCCAGAUAACUAUUUUUCUCCAGCGGACAGUAGCCCGGUCUUAAAGAAACAAAAAGAAAAAAAAGAUGACUUUUGCUGAUUUAAUUUUGUAAGAUUUACCAGAAGAAGAUCAGAUAGCCACUUAUCCGUUUUACGAACUAAGCGAUCAGCCUCAUAGGACGACUCAAAUCUCUAGAUUAGUAAUCUAUUAAGUCAUCAAUAUUGACAUGCAGUUUGCGAUAAUUAGUACCGUACCAUGUUUAAGUUCCUUGAGGCGAAAGAUAAAAAUGAAAAUAAACGUGUACCAACAUUGUUGGACAAUUAAUAUCUUAUAACUUUAUGGAAGAAACUAUUUUUGUUGGUGGUGAAAUUAAAGCACGUUAAGAACCUAUUAUGCUGAAAACGUAACCUUCAAAGAUGAAUUAGAGAUAGAGUUAAUUUGAUAAUCACAAUAUCCUCGCUAAGAAUUUAAAUAAAUUUGUCAUGAAUAGCCUGCGAGAAGAAUUAGAUGUUUAUCGCCCGAGGUGUCCAAGCUCGCAUUGCAGAAGGAUGACAAUAGAAAAAAAAUUUACCGGAAACGAAAGUUAGAAAACCGUUGGAGAUCUGUAUUGCUCAAAAGAACUAAAGGGGGAAAGACUCGGCGAGCUCAUCUUUGUUUUAGUGCUAAAUAUUUUUUUGUCCAUUACUGCAUUUCUGGGGAACACGUACUCUGUUUCUCGUUGUUCUUCUGAAUAGUGUUAAUUAAAUUGUGAGGAUGACCAGAGGACAAUUAGAUGUUCGCUUUCGCAUUCCGUGGCCGAGAAACCAAUCAAAACUCUAGAAUUUUAGCAAUAUCAGGCGCUGCAAUAUCAUCCAUAUAGUGACAUCCAUUUUUUGAUGAUAAGAAGCACAUGUCGCUUUUUCAAGAUGAGAGCUAGAAAUUAAAUCGUUCGUUAUUACUUGACAACAAGUAUCUUGUAAAUAUGAACGAAGGAAUUUUAUUUGAGAUCAUUAGAAACAUUUGUUCCUGUCGGCAGCAAACCGUCAAAAUGUAUACUAGAGAUUACAAACGUAUAUUUGCAUAUAGUGAACGUCACUUAUAAAAAUAUGAAUUGGUUAUUACGUUGAGUUUAUUGGGGAUAUACAAUAUCCCAGUAAGAAUUUUAAUACAUUUGAAUCGGUUGCGCAAGAGAGAAAAUUUAAAUGUUGAUGAACGUGCACUACACUUUGUAUUGAGGAUAGCAUUUUAGAUUAAAAUGGCAAUGCAAACAAAUUUUUCAGAAGAUGAAAGCCGUAAAACAUUUGCAGAACUGUAUCACUCAGAGGAAGUAACGGAAAAAAUAUACGGCGAACUUAUCUUCCUUUCAGUGCUAAAUAUUUUUUUGUCCAUUACUGCAUUUCUGGGGAACACUCUGAUCCUAGUUGCUCUGAGCAAAGAAACUUCACUUCAUUCGCCGUCCAAACUCCUGUUUCGUAACCUGGCGAUAACUGAUCUCUGUGUUGGUAUCAUUGCGGAGCCUCUGUUGGUUGCUUAUUUGAUGUCUUUGGUAAAACAAAGAUGGGAUAUUAGCCACUACCUACACUUUGCAGAUUUUGUCAUUGGAGCCAUUUUGUGCUCAGUGUCUUUGUUCACAUUGACUGCAAUAAGCGUGGACAGACUUCUCGCCCUGUCGUUGGGCCUUAGAUACAGACAAGUUGCGACUUUGAGAAAAGCGUAUUUAAGUGUAAUUGUUAUGUGGGUUUUGUCCGUUCUUAUUGGCGUAGCAUUCUACUAUUUGGAUCAGACCCCUAUACUUGACAGGUCGAGGUUUACAGCAAUAUGUAUAUGUGUAUGCAUCUUAGGUCUCUGUUAUACUAAAAUUUUCUUUGCAUUACGACGAAGCCAAAUACACGUUCAAGGACAAGUAAAACGGGCAAUACCACUGUACCUAGCUCGAUACAGAAAGGCAGUGCACAGUGCACUGUGGGUGCAGUUAACAUUGGUUGUUUGUUAUCUACCGUUUGGUAUAGUGACAACUUUUUUGCCAAAGCUGGUGAGAUUUUUUUCUUGGUAUACCUCAUUGCGCUAA